AUGUCGCUUUCGGCGAACGAAACAGCGGAUUCCAAGGGUCAACAACAAGAAGGAGCUCAGCUUCCAUGGCGCAUCUCCGAUCCUGGCCAGCCCGAGUUCGAGGACUCCGUGGUUUUGUUGACGAAAAUUGUCCACUCCAAGGUCGAUUCCAGUGAUAGAGAAAGCCUAGAUGAAAUGGCGCAUAAAUACGCCGCUCGCUUAGUUGAUGAGUUUCUAUCAAGGGAUGAUGAUCCAGAGCUGCAGUUGUUCUAUUUGAAUUCUCCAAGCUGUUUUGACGCUGGGAAACUUUGCGCAUCAGUCUACUCUUCUCCUGCUAAUGAGAUUUCAUCAUUCAGACAUCCAUCGCCUUGUGUGUUAAUUCCUGUACUAAGCACUCUCAGGAAUAUUGCAAAAGGAGAUGAUAGCCAGAGACAGUGCAUAAUUGACCACAGGGUGCUUCAUCAUUUGCGAAGCCUUUUGGACACCAGUGAUAAUCUAGCCGUCAAGAAAAAAGCUUGCCAGACCAUCUCUGCUAUUGCUGCUGGAAAUGAGAAGCAGACUCAGGUUGUGAUUGAUGCUAAGUUGAUUGAACCAUUAACGUCUUUGCUGAAAGAUGAGGAGUCCAGUUUAAAGGAAGAUGCUGUGCAGGCUGUUCGGGAUGUUAUCUCCUUUGGAACUCGUAAAGGAAUCAACGUUCUUGGUUUGAAGGACUUUGUAGAGCCACUAUGUGAUCUUCUAGUGUGCUCGGAUCCUAAGAUCCUUACUGUUUGUCUAGAGGGGCUUAGUAUGCUAUGCAAGCCCAAGUCAGGUGGAGCCUUGAACGACUUUGUCAUGUGGACUGAUCAUUGUAAAGGCUUGGAUAGGAUCAAGGACUUGAAGAGACAUGGCAAUCCUGAUAUCCGGGACAUUGCGUUGAGUUCAUGGGACAUGAUAUAUGAAGAGGCACUAAAACUAUGGAAAUUCUAUGAUGAGAUGGGAGAGUUACAGGUACGAGUUGGAUCAUAA